CGCCGGCCCAUUUAAUUAACCCUAAACCCUUAUAUACGAGUUAUGAGCAGCCGAAGAGUCGCCAUUUUCUCUUUGCCGAGAGGACAGCGGGAGGGGAGAGAGCAGUGAUCAGCAAUGUCGAAGAGAGGUCGCGGUGGUUCGGCCGGAAACAAGUUCCGGAUGUCACUGGGUCUACCGGUGGCGGCGACAGUGAACUGCGCCGAUAACACUGGAGCUAAGAAUCUGUACAUCAUUUCGGUGAAGGGGAUCAAGGGUCGUCUUAACCGUUUGCCGUCUGCUUGCGUCGGGGACAUGGUCAUGGCCACCGUGAAGAAAGGGAAGCCUGAUCUCCGGAAGAAGGUCUUGCCCGCCGUGAUCGUACGCCAGCGCAAGCCAUGGCGCAGAAAGGACGGUGUUUACAUGUACUUUGAAGAUAAUGCCGGUGUGAUUGUUAAUCCCAAGGGUGAGAUGAAAGGCUCCGCGAUUACUGGUCCAAUUGGUAAGGAGUGUGCUGAUCUCUGGCCAAGGAUUGCAAGUGCUGCCAAUGCAAUUGUUUGAGUUAUGGAAUUGAAGUAACAUGACGGCAUGUAUUUUCUUGUAGAAUUUUCAAGUUACUUGCGAGGUUUUGUUUACUUUUAAUUAUACGGUAGUAAUUUAGUUUAUUUUGUUUCGUGGCUAUCUUUUUAAAUAUCGUGUUCCUAUGAAAUCAAUUGGCAGCUGUGGAGUUGUUUCUGUUC